CAAAUUUACAGGAACCUGCUUUCGGUCCGAUUGUUGUCAGUUUUUUUCGAACAAACAAUUGUUCGUUGUGAUUUUUUCUCCCCCACACGAUUAAAUCAAUUAAGUGCACUCUUCUUCAUGAUCCUUUAAUACUUUGGUUCUUUAAUGUUGUUGUUAUGCGGCAUGUGUUGGUGUUUUCGUCGUGCGUGCCACUCGAGUUGGCACCACUGGUAAACAAAACAAGCGCAUAUGCCAAUUUUUGGCCCCCUUUUUGCCUUGAAAAAUGUCCAAAAACGCUGAAAAUGACUUAUACGGAACGAAUUUAUCCGUCGAAUCUAUGAAGGUAAUAGCCGAAAGCAUCGGAAUUGGAAAUUUGCCCGACGACGCUGCAAAGGAACUAGCUGAAGACAUCUCAUUUAAACUGAAACACAUCAUUCAAGACGCUGCGAAGUUCGUCCACCAUGCCAAACGAACAAAACUGAUGCAGAGCGACAUUGACGCAGCCCUCAAAGCCAAAAACUUGGAGCCCCAGUACGGUUUCCAAUCGGCCGAAGGCCUCCCGUUCCGUUUUGCAUCAGGCGGCGGACGUGAGCUUCAUUUUAUUGAGGAGAAGGAGGUGGUUUUGAACGAUUUGUUGCAAAAUUUGAACGCCAAAGCACCACUUGAGGUGUCUUUGAGGUCCCAUUGGUUGUGCAUCGAUGGGGUGCAGCCCACAAUACCCGAAAAUCCGCCACCGGUGGCCAAAAACAUACAAAAAUUGGAGUCGGUUGAUCCUAUUAAUAAAAAACCAAACAAGGAAACAUCAGGGAAACCCACAACUGGAAAACAGAAAUUACGAAAUGUGGAAACUGUGCAAAUUAAACAAUUGGCCACGCAUGAAUUAUCAGUGGAGCAACAGUUGUAUUAUAAGGAAAUUACCGAGGCUUGUGUGGGGUCAGAUGAGGCACGGAGGGCCGAGGCUUUACAAAGUCUAGCCUCCGAUCCAGGGCUUCACGAAAUGUUGCCCCGCAUGUGCACUUUUAUCAUAGAGGGGGUCAGGGUGAACGUUGUACAAAAUAAUUUAGCGCUUCUUAUUUAUCUAAUGAGGAUGGUUAAGGCUCUCUUAGACAACCAAUCGUUGUACCUCGAAAAAUAUUUACACGAAUUAAUUCCGUCGGUAACAACCUGUAUUGUCUCGAAACAACUGUGCAUGCGCCCCGAGCUGGACAACCAUUGGGCGCUUCGCGACUUCGCCUCACGUCUCAUGUCCCAAAUUUGUAAAAACUUCAACACUAGCACGAACAACAUCCAGACCAGAAUUACCCGAAUGUUUACAAAUGCGCUCCAACAGGGCGAUAAAGUCCCACUUUCGUCCCUUUACGGUGCCCUUGAGGGGCUUUCAGAGCUAGGGGCGGAAGUAAUCAGAAUUUUUAUAUUACCGCGAUUAAAAUCAAUCGGAGCCCGAAUUGAAAUGCACCUUCAAGGACCAACUACUUCCAAUAUUGAUAAAAUCGCCUCGGAACAUAUUAAGCAAUUGCUAAUUAAAGUUGUGGCUCCCGUAUUGAAAAAUUUGAAAAAUCCACCUGAUUAUGUAGAGGAGUAUAAGCAAGAGUUUGGGUAUUUGGGGCCCGCGUUACACGCAGCUGUGGUGAAAGCAAGGACACAACCGACGCCUUCGACAACAACGGCCUGCAAUAUUUCGACGUCGUUGACGAACGUGGGGGCCACUAUUACGAGGACUGUGAGCCAGCCCUGCCAGAUUAUACAACAGAACACCGGCCCUCAGCGCACGAUCGUAAUGAACCAAUCAGGGCGAGUCGCUAACCAGAUAAACAACCAAAAAAUCUUAUUUGUGACACAACGUCCUCCAACCCCGGGAGGUUCCGUUCAACCAUCCUCUCAAUCGCAACAAAACACAGUCGUUAAAUUUGUCUCAAACACGAGCACAAUCAGUCAGCAAAAAAUGAUUACGACACAAAAGUUAAUCCAAGGAAAUCAACCACCGGUGGCAGUGGUUCAGAAAAGUACGUUUCAACAAAGCCAAUUGAAAAAAGCGGAUCAGAUGCAGCCUCCAACUGUCGACGAUUUGUCACAUUUAAUGUAAUAAACGUAGAGUAAGUGAUUUUGUAAAUGAAACUAAUGUAUUAUCAUGUUUGGAAAUAAAACUACGAGGAAGGAA